ACGAGGUCCAUGCGGCACUCGAAGCCCAAAAACACGUGAAGCAAAACCAGCGCCGAAAAAUGUUGGUUUUAUUCGAAACUGCGGCGGGAUUUGCCGUUUUUAAGCUGCUAGAUGAGAAAAAGCUGAAAGAAGUUGACAACCUGUUUGAGGACUUCGAGACCCCAGAAGCUGCCAGCAAAGUAGUGCAGCUUCAGAAUUUCAAAAAGUUUGAGGACUCCGCUGAAGCACUGCAAGCAGGUGUUGCUCUCAAUGAGGGGAAAAUCUGCAAGCCACUCAAGAAGCUGUUGAAGAAGGUGUUUACAGAUGAAGUCCAAGAACAGCUGAUGGUGUGGGAUGCCAAAUUGGGCAACACUAUUAAGGAAAAGCUUGGUGUUCAGUGUAUUAGCAACAACAAUGUGAAUGAAUUGAUGAGAUGCAUCAAGUCACAGGUGGAAGGCCUCAUCCCAGGUCUGCAGGAGAAGGAACUUUCUGCUAUGUCCCUUGGUCUUGGUCAUAACUUGGCUAGGUACAAGUUGAAGUUCUCUCCAGACAAGGUUGACACCAUGAUUGUCCAAGCCAUCUGUCUAUUAGAUGAUAUUGAUAAGGAAUUAAAUAACUAUGUAAUGAGGGCACGUGAGUGGUAUGGCUGGCAUUUUCCUGAGCUCGGAAAGAUUCUUACAGACAACCAGGCCUACAUUCGUACUGUAAUGGCAAUGGGCACUCGUGAGAAGGCAGUUGCUACGGAUUUCUCUGAUUUCUUGUCGGAGGACCUUGAAGAGAAGGUUAAAGAAGCUGCUGAGGUUUCUAUGGGCACAGAAGUUGCAGAUGAUGAUAUGUUGAAUAUUAAUUCUCUGUGUGAACAGAUCCUAGAACUGACAGAAUACAGAGCGCAGCUGUUUGAGUACCUGAAGAACCGAAUGGCAGCCAUCGCGCCCAACUUGACCAUCUUGGUGGGAGAGCUGGUGGGUGCUCGCCUCAUCUCCCAUGCUGGUUCACUCAUUAACCUGGCUAAGCACCCAGCCUCAACCAUUCAGAUCCUUGGCGCAGAAAAGGCCCUCUUCCGUGCCUUGAAGACCAGGAACUCCACACCGAAGUAUGGUCUGCUCUACCAUGCACAGCUUGUUUCACAGAUCAGUGCUAAGAACAAGGGUAAAAUGUCCAGGAUGUUAGCAGCUAAGGCAGCUCUUGCUUGUCGUUAUGAUGCCCUUGGUGAAGAAACGACCACAGAGAUGGGUAUUGAGAACCAUUCUAAGCUGUCCUCAAGGAUGUCCAUGUUGGAAACUGGGUAUUCUCGCAAACUCUCUGGAAAAGCUAAGAGUCAGUCUGCAUUUGCCAGCUACCAAGGCACAAGUGAUGUGAGACAGUAUCAUAUUGCCGCUGAUACGACAAUGGAGAGUUCUACCAAGCGCAAAUUUGACGAUUCCUAUGGUGAACAAAAGGCCAAGAGAAUAAAGGUGGAAGAAGUAGAGGAAGCUGCAGCUCCAGAGGAACCCAAGAGUGAAAAGAAAAAGAAGAAGAAGAAGCAGCAAGAGCAGACCGAGGAAGCCGCGGAAGUGAAACAGGAAGCGCCAGAGGAAGCAGCCGCCGCAGCAGAGGAGGAGCCCAUGGAAGCCGAAACGGGGGAGAAGAAGAAAAAGAAGAAGAAGAAGAAGAAGGAAGCAGCGGAGGGGGAUGAAUAGAUAGUUUUUUUUUAUUAUUUAGGUCGCUCAGUAUUGUGCAAAAAGGUUACUGAAAUUUCUUGAAAUUUUUAUGUAUAUUUACUUACUAGGAGUUUUACAAAUGCUUUCUUGUUAUUAUUUUUCAUUCUUACACUGGUAUGUUAUGUAUACACAUUGUAUAGCAGAGUUCUUAAAUUGACAAGUUCCUUCUGUUAACAAAAAAUGCUAUUGUGUAGAGAAAGGAGAGAUUGUAAUUCAGAUGUGUAAAGUGCUAGGCAUAGAGUAAUGAUUCUCUAGAAUGAUGUGACAACCAGAAAUAUUGAAUUUUUACCUUAUAUUAUUUUUUGCUAUAAUAUAUAUAGAGAGAAAUCCAAGGUUUUGUUAUAUGAUUUGUAUACAUUAUCUCGUCAUAAAUGCUAAGAUUUUUU